GAAGGAGACGGCAAAAACAACGACGAGUAAAAAGGAACACUCGCCUCUCUUCCCUUUUCCUGGAAAAAAAGAAGAUAAAGAGAGAAAAAACCCUUGUCUCCUGUUCGUGCAAAUUCAAAAAUCUACCAUCCAAUUCGUUUUUCUGAUAUUUCAAGUUCCAUUUUCCCAGAUUUCUCGGGAAAACCCAAUUGUUCGAUUCGUGAGUCAAUCGCAGAUUCGGGAUCUUCCUUUGUUUUGGGGCUUUUGUGUUUGUCAUUUUGUCCGAGCGAAAUGGGAAGUAGAAGAGAAGAAGAGCGAAACGAGAAGAUUAUCCGCGGUCUGAUGAAGCUUCCACCGAACCGUCGUUGUAUAAACUGCAAUAGCAUGGGUCCUCAAUACGUUUGCACGACUUUUUGGACCUUCGUUUGCAUUGCUUGCAGUGGAAUACAUCGGGAAUUUACUCAUCGUGUGAAGUCUGUAUCUAUGGCAAAGUUUACUUCUCAAGAAGUUGAAGCACUUCAAAAUGGAGGUAAUCAGCGUGCCCGAGAAAUGUAUUUGAAAAACUGGGACUAUCAACGGCAGAGACUUCCUGACAGCAGCAAUGCUGAUAGAGUCCGGGAAUUUAUAAAACAUGUUUAUGUGCAAAAGAAAUAUGCUGGAGUGAAUCCUUCGAACGAGCCUCCUAGCGAGAGUCAGACCCAUGGAAGUUCUGAAAUUGUGACACGACGUUCUGAGUCAUAUCAUUCCUACUCCCAAAGCCCUCCUUAUGAUUAUCAGUACGAGGAGCGCCGAUAUGGAAAACUACCCUUGGGACUCACCAACAGGUCUGCUUCAGAAAGGGGUCUUCAUGCUAAAGCUGCUAGUUUUGCAUUUAGCCCUGGACGCUUUCGUGAUCAUACGUUCGAGGACCAGUUUCGAAAUGAGGGCUCUGCUCCAAGGGCUUCAGAUUUCUCCGUGUCUAGCGGAGGAGAUCCUUUCAGGUCUGAAACAGAGUCCCCAAAUUUUCAGAAGGAAGUUGGAUUUAGCAGUCCGAGGUUUCAACAUUCAAAGGGCCCUUCGAGUGAAAAUCUUCAACGCACUGCAAACUUAUUUCCAGACGGGCAGCAUCAGAGAACUACAUCAUUCGGAAGUGUCAGAUCAUUUGACAGCAAUUCCAUGUCUGUCAAGUCAUGUAACUCCGGCGGCGUAGCGGAUGGAGUAACUGAAAUUGACCAAAGUACAGGAAGUCAUCAAGACAAAACGUCACCUCCUGCUCCAUCAUCAACAUACGGAGGAUUGGAUCUUUUUGGUCCAUCAGUUUCUCAAGAAGUAGACAUAACAAACACUCCUUCCAUUGAUUUGUUUCAGUUGCCCGGGGCACCUGUGGCUCAUUCUGUCAAUACAUUCCAACCUUCUGCAGCAGCUCAAUCUCCACCUGUGAAUUCAUAUCAACCUUCCAAUGCAUAUCCUUCCGCAUCUACAGAAUUGUUUGCUGGGAUUGUGGAUCAUCAAGCUACUUUAAAACCAGACAUUUCUGUUCCAAAUAAUGAAGGAUGGGCUACUUUUGACAUCCCUGUACCUGCUGCUAAACCUACUACUGGAAACUUUACCUCCUCUGGAUUUUCUCAGCUUGAUAAUUCUUCUGUGAAAAUUGAAGGAAUCUCACAACCGAGCUCAAGCAUGCAGUGGCCACUAUUUCCAUCUAGUGCCAACCAGCCUGCUCUGUCAGUGCCUGGUCCAUGGCAUGAAGAUUUAUGUGGUGGUUCAGGCACUGCAGUUUUAGCACCCAACUCGCAAUGGAAUGCCUUUGACCACUCUAUUAAGGACAUUCCUUUCGGCUGCGCGAACCAGGUUGGUGAACCGGCAGAUGGAGCAAAUAAUUCAUCUUCCAAGGUUGAUCAACAACAUUUGGACCUACAACAAGUUGUAGAGGCCUCCAGCAAUGAUGGAAUCCAGCCGACCAAAAUCCAUGAUGAUCCUUCUGGUUUUGGUUUUCCGGGGAACAUUGUUCCAGCACCAUUUUACCCUCUAUCUUUGGAGCCAGUGAUGGAAGAACCUUGGCCGCUUGCAAAUGAUCACAAUUCAAGUAAUCCAUUUGAUCUUCCUUAUGAUUCGGAGUUGGAGCCCGACAAUAUGUUCUUGGACAUGAGCUCCUUGCACACGGCAUUACCCAGUAUCCAGCCACCAGCAACCUUCCAUUCUGGUGUAAACCAGCCAUGGUUCGCUGCAGAUUUCGAAGCCUCGUAUCCACCUCCUCCAGCAGCAGCUCAAGGUGGCUUAACCUACAUGACGGGGCAAGCAUCAACAUCUCAGUUACAGAACACGGCGGCACAAGAGCCUGUUGCUUCCAUUGGAGGUAACCCAUUUGCUUAGAAAAUCCUUUCGAAAUCACUAAGCCUUUCCCACGAGCUUAAGCUCAUUGAUUAUAUCAAUCGUUAUGCAUUCCCUUUUGUUUAGAAGCAAAAAAACCGUCAUUCUGUGAAUAAAGAAAGCGUUUGUGCGUGUGUUUGAGAAUGGGCAUCGGCUAUUGCGUUUCCUUGUGGUCGGGACUUGUUCAUGACCAGCAUUCACCACAUGUCAGUUGAAUUGUUUGUAUUGUAGCUUCUUUUAUUAUGUCUGUGUAUUGCAAGCGAAAGUUCUACA